AUGGCGUACCAGCAAGGCUACGGCACAUCUACGCCAGAUAUCCUGCAGACCCCGACCGUCAAUGGUUACGUCGACGUUCCCAACCCUUUCACGGAUCGCUUGAGAAGCCUGCAGAGUCAGGAGGAGAAACGGCUGUUUGAGCUGGUCGAUAGACUCAAAGACCUUGACGUCAAUAGAGAGCUCCAACUGCCUCAGCUCGUCGUCUGUGGUAGCCAGUCGUCUGGAAAGAGCUCGGUCCUUGAGGCCAUCAGCGGCCUCUCGUUCCCCCGAGGGGAGUUUACGUGCACCAAAUUUGUGACCGAACUUCGAUUCCGUCCAGGAAAUGUAGAAUCAAUCAAUAUCGAGAUAGUCCCGGAUACGGGACGGAGUCCCGAUGACCAGGCACGCCUCCGCAAUGCCCGGUUCAAGUCCAGGAGAUUGUCCGAGCUAGGUCAAAUUGUGAAGGAAGCGGAAAAAUGGCUGUUGGGCGGACGCGGAGGGUUUGCCAGUGAUGUGCUCAAAGUGGAAGUUGUGAGGCCGCAUCAACAACCACUAACCUUGAUUGAUACCCCUGGUCUGAUAGCCUCGCACAAUGAAGGGCGCGAGUAUAUCGACCUUGUCCGACGCAUCGUUGACGACUGGAUCAAGCAGCCACGCACAUUAAUCCUGGCGGUGGUAGAGGCCAAUCUCGAUCCGCAAAAGCAGUCCGUCCUCACCAUCGCCAAAGAAGUUGACCCAACUGGAGAGCGGACCUUCGGCAUCAUCACAAAGCCAGAUCUCGUCGAGUCGCCCUCUGGCUUGGAGGAUUUCUGGGUCAAGAAAGCGCAGAACGGCGCCGACAGCAUGGCUGAAUUCAACUUUGCAAAGGGCUGGCAUGUACUUCGAAAUCGUGGCGUGCGCGAGACCGGUAAUGAGACUUCGACGGCGGAAAGGGACGAAGCGGAGCGCAUGUUCUUCAUGUCUCCCGAACGCAGAUGGAGCCAGGUUGACCAAGCCUUCUGGGGGAUCGAGUCACUGCAAGGCCGUCUGAGAAGUAUCUACUACGAUCACACUCGACGGCAGCUCCCAAUCAUCCAGGACGACAUCUUGCACCGGCUCCAGAAGGCCAUGAGAGAAGUCGACGGGAUCAACGAGAAGCUGGCCGAUGCCGACGAGAUCUGGAGUAGGUUCUGUGGGGAACGGACUGGUCUGGCUGUUCAGGCAAAGGGAUGCGUUGACGGGACUUACCUCGAUGGCUUGGCCGAUUGGGAUGGAGCACCAGACUAUUAUCUGCGAUCUCGAAUCGAAGAGGAUCACGACGAGUUUGCACGUGAAGUGGAACUGAACGGCCACGGUCUUCGUCAGGUAAAAUCUGCACGCAGCCUCACCGAAGACAGGGACGGUUUCCGCACCUAUGUCCAGCAGAUGCUCGAAUCGACCCGGGGCCGCGAGUUGAAGGACAGCUAUGAUCCCAAUCGUCUGAACCUGCUGUUCCGCAAGCACUCUGAACCUUGGUACGGAAUCGCCAUGAUGCACCUGGACCGGGCUCACCGCCGAUGCGUCGCGUUUGUCGAACACAUUAUCGAAAAUGUGCUCCGGAAAGAGCUGCCCGCGGUUCCGACGCGCGUUUCGCAAGCCAUCAAAGACCAUCUGUACCAGGCACUCGAGAAGCAGAAAAAGAAGGCCGAAGACGAGCUCAAAGCCAUCGAACAGGACAGGCGACAGCCCGCGCAGACGCAGAGUAGACGCUUCGAGAAGCUGGCGCGGCAACUGAAGGCCGACAGGAACUUCGCUUUGGUUAACCGUGUGGCCGAGGAGGAGGACCCGUACAUGGCAAAUGCGUCGCCAACGAAGACGGAAAGCCUGAACGAGAGAGAGAAUAUUAUGCCGCCGCCGACUCCUGGGAGCGCCACUCGAUUUACGCCCGCGCAUGUUGAUCGAGUUUUAGCGCAGGACAGCCGUGCCGAGUCGGCGGAGGAGAUUGGAAAGAGGAUGAUCAUUUACUACGAGAUCGCACGCGAGGUCUUUAUCGACAACGUCGUCGUCCAGGUGGUCGAGCGACAUCUUUUGCGGCCCCUGCACACGCUGUUCCAGGGCGACUUUGGCGUGGACAAGGACGUCUUCACGCGCGCCGUGGAUGCCGAGAGGGACCAAAAUCUGACUGCGAGGAGAAACGCGUUGAACGAGAGGAUCAAGCGGUUGAAGGCGUUUGAUGACCAGUUGCGUGCUAUUUGA